UUAAUUGUAAUUUUUUUGUUUUUUAUUCUGUUUCCAGCAGGUGAAAACUACAAGAGCCAAAAAGGUCAUGAGAGAAAUUCUGACAGUAGUCAGUGAAAACCGAGACAAGAUGAAACACAGUGGUACAGGAAAAAUGGAUAUACCAUUAAACACAAAUGUAAGGAGGAAAACUUGGGCUGGGAGUGAGAGCACUAAAGGAAAAGAAAACAGUUUUGCCAUUUGUGAGUCUUGUAAGGCCUUGAUACAUGACAGCAACCAGUCUAACAAUCCAGCAUGGAAUAGAAGAGAAAUGGCUGAACUAACUAAUUUGUCAAGAAACGAUGUUCCACAACAGUAUGAAAUGAAGGGAAAGAAAAGAAAAAAGACAAAAAAAACAGGCUCUGAUUUACUCCCUCAUGGUAAACACAAGGAAAGUGAAACAAAAAAGGCAAAAGGCUUACUUUCAGAACCGAUGUUUGAUCAAGAUCAGUCAAUUCCUCAUGUUAAACACAAGCAAACACAGACAGAAAUAACAGGAAGCUUCCUUUCUAACACUCCAGGUGAUGGGCUGAAAUUUAAUCACAUCAGAAGAGUUCCAAAAUCAAGCCACUCUAAAUAUCCUCCUUCCUGCUCCCUCUCUAUGACCUCUUUUGUGGACGAAUCAGCAGCAGGUAGCAGCACUGCAAGUCCUGAGAGUGAAGAAUUCGUGACACACAGUAUUAUGAAGUCUGAAACCAUGCCAGACGAUUAUAAACUUCGAGGAACAUCUGGAUCUAGUGGGCUGUCCAGCAGAUCCUGCCUCUUGCCUUGUUCUCACAGCAUGGUCUCACUGAGCAAAAUACCCCGUGCAAAGAACAACUUUACACAAGUAAACAGCUCACCUGAUAUGCUGUUAAAUGAGUUUACACCAGUUAUCACUGAUGAUUUUGAUGAUGAAAACUACACGUUCCAGUGCUCCUGUCCAGGCCUGUACCAGUGCAGUGUGACCGGCCUGGUGUUUUUCAUGAAGGCAGAAGGAGACGUGGUUUACAGGACUGUCCCUUGGAACAGGAGGCUGCUGGCCCAACACCACAAGAAGCCUGCAGGACCCCUGUUUGACAUCAAAUGUCAGCAGCAGUCUGUGUGUCAGCUUUGUCUCCCACACUGUGAGCUCAUCUCCACAGGUGGAGGUCAGUUCUUGCAGGUCGCUCAUGUGAAGGAUGAGGGCAUCGAGUUUAUUACCCCUCACAAGAUAACAGAAAGUCACGUUGUUAUAAACCUCACAGGGUUUUCUGGUUACGGUAUUGUCAGUCAUAAAGACUCUCCUCCCGACCCAGUCCAAGCUUUGGUUCUGCUCUUCUACAAACCCCCAGCUGAGCCUGAUCUCAGCUCUAAGCUCAGUGUGUUGUUGCUUCCAAGGAACAUCGUGAUCCGUGAUGUACAGCGCACCAGGAGGAAACUAAUUGGGGAUGAGAGGUACAUAGACACUUCUCCUCACUGCAAACUGCAUCCAAAGCAGGUUUACACUCUGUCCACUGUUCCUGAGGAUGAUCUGAUUACAGUUGAACCAAAUGACGCUGAUUUUGAUGAUGAGUACUACGACAGUUACUUUACGACAUUCCUUGUGUCUUUAGGAAGAAUCCUCACAGAUGUUGACCUCAGUCUGAAAGAUGAGAGCAGCUCCACCUGUGUUUGGGAAAGAAAAUUGUGUCUUUUCUCCCCUACAGUGGGAACUUUGAAUCAUCCUCCUUCUGAGAGGCUUUUAAACACACGAAGCUGCUUCAUUGAAGGGAUAUCAGAACCUAAUCUCAGCAGCCUGAUCGACAAACUGCUGGAGAAAAAGGUGAUAACUGAUGCAGAGAGGGAGGCAGCGGAUGCGAAGCAAGACAAAAGGGAAAAGGCUCGUUUUGUUAUCGACACUGUGAGGAAUAAAGGUGAUGCUGCCAGUUCAGAGUUUAUUAACUUUGUCCGUGAGCUUGACAAAAAAAUUUGCGGGCAUCUCGGUUUAAACUGAACAGAUAUUCUAUGACUUUGUUUUUGCAGAACUCGUGGGGAGAAAGUGAAGCAAUUACCUGUAUGUUUGUGUGUGUAUAUAGGGUCAGCAGGGAAAAGGCUGGGAAAAAUCCAAAAACAGUAUGUUGGUCUUAAAAGUAUCUGAUAAAACACUUUAAAUAUAUACUGUCAGUCAAUAGUUUUGACAGCCUCAUUUAAUGGUGUUUCUCUAGUUUUACUACUUUCUACAUUGUGGGUACAAACUGAAGACAUCUGAUAUUUUUAAGCAAAAUUUCUAUAACAUAAAAAGGGCAAAUUGGCCAGUGUGAACACAGUACUGUGCAUUAAUAUUGAUUUAAAAAAACAAAUGUGUGGUUACUACUUCAAUUAGAAUUUUAAACAUGCUUUUGUGCGAUGCAUCUAUUUUUAGUUAUGUUUUGUUUUCUAAGAAUAUAAUAAAAUGAAUGGGAAAAGUAAAUAAAAACAAUGCACAUUACGACCAGUUUCAGAGUUUAACCCUGUCACUUGUACAUUAAUUCAUAGAAGAUAAGAUACUUAAAAUUUUAAACAAUGGUUUUCCAAGUGCAUGAUUUCAAAGACCUCAUCCUUGUUAAUUUAAAAAUGUUCGUAAAGACAAAUUGCAUUAGCACGCUUCCUGUAAGAGGACAAUGAAAAAGGAGACAUAACUGUAUUUUAUCUUUCCUAUUCAGACUUCUCCCCUCAAAUAUUUGCAAGUAUCUUUAAAAGUCUGUAAAAUGUGAUUCUUUAAUGGUGCUAAAGUCUUUUUUUUUUUUAUCUUUCUUUGAUGAGUGAAGAACACAUUUUCCUGUGAUUCUGAAAUCAUACAGUUUCAUGAAAUAUUGCAGCUGCAUAUAUAUAUUUUUUUAUUCUGUGUGUUUUAUGAGUGCUGUUUUAAAAUUUCGUGAUGCUUUUGUAUGCUUAUGUUAUUUUACAGUGACUUCUUGCUUUUAAACUUUGCACUUUGUGUUCUUCUGUUAAGUUGUGACUGUGUGGAAUGAACCGGUCAAUAUAAUUCUUUGAAACAAUUUGCAUUAAAUUCAAAUUGUAUUUGAUUCAUAACAGUUAUAUAAAAUUUAAAAUAUUUGUAAACUUUUUUUUUUACUGCAGAUCUCACAUGUUAUUUGUGGCAGGAAGCACAAAUUUCUCUGUAUGUUUCUGAUUUAUAAAUCCACAAAUGUCACAUUUGUAAAGACAGCUGAAUAAUGACAGUGAUUUCAACAUCCUAGUCUGAGUUUAAAUAAAGGGAAACAAACAUUAAAGUGUCUUUAAUCUGUGUUUGAAUCUGUUUCUACAAAUCUGACAGAAACUAAACAGCUAGACACAUUUACCUUUAAAUUCCUGCUUUGUUUUGAAAUUAUGCAAUAAUGUGAGUUAGCUUUUAGUCUGCUCUUUAGGGUGUUUUUCAGCAUUAUAUAUUCUCACUCUUAAUUUUAGAUUUUCAGUUUCUAGUUUGCUUUAUUAACUAUAAUAACUUGUCCCCAUGGUUAUUUAACUUGUUUAAAGUAAAGUGAAACAAUUUUUAGCUUCAAGACGGCCUUUAACGAGGUAUCAAAUUAAUUAAAUCGACUUGAAAGUGUGUUACAAGAUAAUUUCCUUUAAACUGUUUGUACCUUCAUCAGCCAGCAGGGGGAGGCAUUUGCAUAAUAAGAGUGCUCUUAAACUCACUACAGGUGAAACCUGAAGAAGCCACAGUUUGAUAUCCUGCACAGAGGAAACCAAA